AUGGCUACCAACACAACCCAAAGCAACCUCAUCCGACUAGCUCCCCUUCAACUGGGAGAGCUUCCAGAACAUCCCUCGCUGCCUUGCGCAGACAGCGCCCGUCCGAAUCUCCUCUCCUUCCUGCUGACUCUACUUGAUGACGGUGCCGAUUUUCUUGCGCCUGACAGCUUCUCCGCCAACUUCAGACACCACUCUAUCAAGUCCGCGCCGCCUAGUGAAGCCAAAGUCGAGGUGCUGACCUACUCGGUUGCAGCCAAAGAGUUGGAAGCCAUUGUUGACUGGGGUUCUUCGAAGAAUACCACGGGGAAUGCAAAUCCAGCCACUUAUGCUCGGCCUGGCCGAAGCAAGCCGCCUCUCAGGGUCCUGAGUGCGGGCGAACAUUGGUGUGCUCGCAGAUCGGUCCACAAGGAUAUCUCCUCGAAAGACACCAAAUCUCCGGGAAACGCAAGCUGGAAGGAGUUCAUCUUCGGCCUGCGCGACAACCAUUCCAAACACGAAGAGGACUUUACACCCACCCUGUACGAUGCGCAUUGUGUGUGCACGUGGAACGAAGAAGUGAAAGAUCUUGAAGCACAGGAGAAGAUUGUGGGGAAAUCUGGCCAGAAAUAUUCAUGUGUGACCAUGUCGAUCUACGAAAUGUGCCACGCAACCCCGCCGCCGACGAGCCCGCGCUGUUUCCCCGUGCUGGUUGCCACGGCCAGUAUCACCUCAGAUGAAUUUCUUGCCGUCACCGUCCCUGUGAACUUGGGCACGAGCGUGCACGAUGCGUUCUACUCCUCUGGCCGCAACACCCGCGAAGGCAAGACCUCGCAGCAGCGAAAGUCGGUGGUGCUGGGAGUUUACACUGCGUUAGAAAUGGUCCGGCGGAAAGAGGGAGAUGCCAACGUGGGGAAGAAUUGGGGGGAGGUGGAAUGGGUCAUGGCAACUGCGAGCGACGCCAAGGGCAAUUUGCCCAUGUGGAUGCAGAAGAUGAGCGUGCCUGGUAUGAUUUCCAAGGACGUGAGUUAUUUCUUGAAAUGGGUCAAGACCGUGCCAGAGAACGAGGUCGACAGCGUUAAAGUCGCGUGA